UUUAAUUCUAUGGUUAUAAAAAACAUCAAUUUUAUAAUCUUUGAAAAUGAGUAAAUAACAUGUUUGUAUUUGCUGUUAACGGGGAUUACCCUUGAUGCCUUUUAUUGUAACCUUUAGCUCUCGCGUGGUUUUCCAUUUUAUUUGUGCUGUAGCUUUACUGUGAUGUAGAGCUUACUAACUUAUUUUAGAAAUCAGUUUGUCAAACAUAAUAGUGAUUUACGUGUUGGAUUCUAUUUGUAGUGGGCUCAAUCGUCAUAUGUUAAAAAGACGAUGUCAUCAUUGAGUACUAGCGGCGUGUUCAGCAGCCGCGUGGAUUACUUCUGCCUGGUGUGCGAGUCUCGGCUCAGGGACGAGGCUGACGCAGCCGCACACGUCGCUAAGCCUGUGCAUACCAAGAACUUCCUCACUACUGAAUACUUCGGAAAUCAACAAGAAUGCGUCAGAAAGAUAAAAAAAUGGUAUUUGUGCGAGUUGUGCAACGUGUUGUUGCCGACUGCGGCCCGAGUGCGGCUGCACUUGGUGGAGACGCGACACUUGGAGCACAGGCAUGCGCUGGCGGUGCAGCGUCGCGCGGGCAGAGUCAUCGCCUUCGCCAGCGUGCAGCUUGACGACAGAGCGUGGAAUGGCAUCUUGGAGGACACGUGCGCCAUCUGCAACACCGAGUUCGAUGACGAACACAUUCAUAGGAACGAGACGACACACAUAUUGAAGCUGAUUCAAAGCAAAAUAGAAUAUGAUGAAAAUCAAAACCUUUAUCGUCGGGUGGAUGAUAAUACUAUUCAUUGUAUUACAUGCAACAAACUUAUUGCAUUCAACUCAAUUGAUGCUCAUUCUAAUGAUGAUGAACAUAAAAAUCUUUAUCAAAGUUGUUGUGAUGUAACAUUCAACUCCAAUGAGGAUAAAAUUGAAAUUGAGACUGAAAAUGCCGUUUCAACUCAUAUUGAAAAAUCAGAAAAUGUAGAUGAUAAAAAUGACAUCAUAAAUAAAAAAGAACAUUCUGGUAUAGACAAUGAGAAAAAUGAUAUUAAACAGAAUGAAGAACAAAUUAUAAAAAUAUUGGAUGAUGUAACAAUUGACGUUGAUGAAAAAUCUAAUAGUAAUUCAGAAAUUGAGGACAUUUUAAGUUCUAUUGAAAACUUUAAUAGAAACGAUAUUAACAUAAACAUUGAAUUGCAAACUGCAACAUGCAAGAAAUGCGAUAAACAUUUAGAUUUUCAAGUUAAAACAAUAAAGGAACAUAUUUUGGAACAUGAAAUAAAUAAAGACGAAGAUGAUUCUGACACAACUCAGGAAUUUACAGAAGAAAUGCAAAAUGGAAAGACAUCACCUACAACAGUACAAGAAAAACAAAGAUUUAAAAAAGUUAAAGCGAAAAAAAUAAAAGAAAAUUCAUUUAAUUAUGAAACAAAACAAUUUGCAAAUAAAAAUGACAUGAUUUAUUUUGAUAACGAAGACAAAGUUUACUGUAAUAAAUGUAAAGUUAAUAUACCAACAUCUUUGAAAUGCUUACAAGAACAUGUAGCUGGUGCUGCUCAUUUAAAAGCAAUUAAUAAACAACAUUUAGAGGUUGCAUUAUACAAUAAUGAUGAAUCUGACAAAGAACAAACAAAUAAAAUUGCAGCUGAAGAUUUCAUAAGUAAUACCAUUUUCCUGGAUGGUAUCUUCAAAUGUGUGGUUAUUAAUGACAAGAUAUGCAUAAGUCUGUUAAGUUUCAACUUAAUGGUUGAAGAGAAUAACAAAUUGAAAUGUCUCAUCUGUGAACAAAAGGUUUUCACGCACGAUUUUGAUGCCCAUAGACAACAGUAUCGCCAUAAUAAAACGGCUUCGGAGUCUUUUGUACUCAGUGACCAUUUGAACGAGUUUAUAAGAGAGAUUAAACCGCAACACUUUCAUUGCGGUUACUGCAAUAGCGUACACUCACCAUACUCUGCGAUGGCAACACACAUACAGUCUGAUGACCACAGGGAAAGUAGAUCUUCAGGACAUAUACGUUUGCAACGCUUAAUGCCAGAAAUUAUUCAACACCGUAGAGAACAACAGUUCAAUCGGAUGAUGCAUGUUUUCGGAUUCAUGUUUGGUGCAAACAGGAGACAGUUUUCUGAUAGUGAUAGUGAUUAAUUUCAUUAUAGAGGGGCUAUCACGAAUAUUUGCGACACUUUCCUUCGUCAUUUAUAAGAGAUUUGAAUUUUAAUAUAAAUUUUAUCGUUUACGACACAGAUGUAGGAAAUAGUCUGGUUCACAUAGGCUAAUUAAGUUUUUUUAUACCCCUCCCGGACAGAGUCGCGGGCAAAAGCUAGUUGGU